AUGGAGAGGCUCAAGGAGAACUAUGCUGCGAAGGCUAGGCUCAAUCAAACACAGAGGGAGGAGUUGUCGUUGAUCGAGCAAGCGUACGAUAAUCCUCAUGAAGCCUUAUCGCGUAUCAAGAGGCAUUUGCUGACUAUGAGGGCGUUUAAGGAGGUCUCCAUUGAGUUCAACGAUCAGUACUUGUAUCUGGUGCCUAUAUACGACAUAGAUCCUCUGGAGAAAAUCACAGACGCAUAUUUAGAUCAGUACUUGUGGCUGGAGGCGGAUCAACGUAUGUUGUUCCCGAACUGGGUGAAGCCAUCUGAUUCGGAACCGCCACCGUUACUGGUGUAUAAGGUCUGUUGUGGAGUGAACAACAUGACCAACGUUUGGGACACAUCUAAUAAUGAGACCCUAGUUAUGGUUACGACACAGUAUUCGAAGCUGGCGGAGAAGAUCGAUUUGACUUUGUUAAAUCGUCUGUUACGUCUUAUUGUUGAUCAUAACAUUGCUGAUUACAUGAGUGGUAAAAAUAACGUCAACAUUAACUUCAAAGAUAUGAAUCAUAUCAACGGUUACGGUAUAAUCAGAGGAUUGCAGUUCUCAAGUUUCAUAUUCCA